UAUCUGCAGUACACAAUUCUUAUAAGAUACAUAGAUUUCAAUUGUAGUUGUGGGUGUUAUCAAAAUGGGUUGGAUAGUGAAAGCUCUUCUUGCUGCUUCAGUAUUGUUGUCUUUGUGUUUUUCACUAACAGAGUCUGCCCCUGAGUCUGCUCAGGUCACCAAACUUUCUGGCUUCAGUGGCACUUUUCCAUCUAAACACUAUGCCGGGUAUGUGGCAAUAGAUAAGGAGCGUAAUAAGAAUCUGUGGUACUACUUUGUGGAAUCAGAGAGAAAUGCUUCAACAGAUCCAGUUGUCAUUUGGUUAAAUGGUGGUCCCGGUUGCUCUAGCAUGGAUGGAUUUAUCUACGAGCACGGUCCUUUCAAUUUCGAACGAACAAAAACAAAAGAACCUCGUUUGCAUCUCAAUCCUUAUAGUUGGUCUAAGGUUUCUAACAUCAUAUACCUUGACUCCCCAGUUGGUGUGGGGUACUCUUACUCUAAAAACAAGUCCGAUUAUAAAAUAAAUGAUUCAACAACCGCGGCUGAUUCUUAUGCAUUCCUAGUUGAGUGGUUCAAGAUGUUUCCAGAGUUUCAGUCAAAUCCAUUCUUUAUCUCAGGAGAAUCAUAUGCUGGUGUCUAUGUCCCAACUCUUGCUUUGGAAGUUGUUAAAGGUCAUUUAACUUUUAAGAAAGGAACAAGGCCGGUUAUCAACUUGAAGGGAUAUUUGGUGGGUAAUGGAGUUACUGAUCCAGUGUUUGAUGGUAACGCACUUGUCCCCUUUGCACAUGGGAUGGGACUCAUCUCUAAUGAACUCUAUGAGGAUACUAAAGCAGCAUGCAAAGGAGAGUACUAUAAAGAUCCACAUGUAAGUGAAGAAUGCGGUCACUUGCUUGAGAAAGUGUCAGAUGAUGUGAGCUUAUUAAACAUAUAUAACACUCUAGAACCGUGCUUCCACGGAACAUCGAUGUCCCCGAUUGAUAUGGUGGGAUCCAUUCCUACGAGUUUCCUUAAGUUGGGAAGAACAGAAAGGCCAUUGCCAGUGCGAAAGAGAAUGUUUGGACGCUCGUGGCCCCUAGGUGCUGUUGUGCGUCCAGGCUUUAUCCCUAGUUGGCCUCAAAUCCUUGCUGGCUCCUCAGUUCCUUGCAUUGACGAUAGAGUUGCAACGGCAUGGCUGAACGAUCCAGCAGUAAGGAAAGCGAUUCAUGCUAAAGAGGAAAGCGAGAUUGGAAGAUGGCAACUGUGCACAAACAACCUCCAUUACAUUAGUGAUGCUGGAAGUAUGAUAGAAUUUCAUAGAAACCUCACUCUUAGUGGCUAUCGUGCUCUAAUUUACAGCGGAGAUCAUGACAUGUGUGUACCAUACACUGGCUCUGAAGCAUGGACUAAGUCAAUGGGAUAUAAGGUGGUCGACGAAUGGAGGCCAUGGUUGUCAAAUAGCAUGGUCGCUGGGUUUACACAAGGGUAUGACAACAAUCUUACAUUUCUAACUAUCAAGGGUGCAGGACAUACCGUUCCUGAAUACAAACCACAUGAAGCCUUAGACUUCUAUAGCCGUUUUCUAGCAGGGAAAAAAAUGUAG